GCCAAAAAAUAAUUUACUAAAAACUGCUACCCAGAAAAAUAAUUUAUUUAUCACAAUUGCAAAUUUACAUGACAUGUAAAACUAUUACUGAUAUAUUUGGUAGGUUAUAUCACAAAUUAGAAAGAAGAAUUAUUUGACAAUUGACGUAGUACUAGACGUAAAAAGUAACAUUAAGUAAUUAUAAAACAAGAAAUUUAUAUUCAAUUGUAUUUUUAUGAAUAUAAACAUUCAACCUUGCCUUAAUGUAUCCCGAUGAUAAAGUUAAGAAAUGGAUUUAUUAAAUAGUUUGGUACAGAUAAUGUAAAUAACAAUACUUCUAAUGGCAGUACCAGGGGGUGAUAAUAAAGGUCCAUGUUACUGGUGUUUCAAGGCAGUUAAAUGGAUACCCGUUUUAUUUAUUGUAACAAUAGUUGUCUGGUCUUACUAUGCUUAUGUUAUUCAACUUUGCCUAUUGACCAUUGAAGAUCUGGUUAAGCAAUUGCUAUACCUAGUUUUUUACCACAUUUUCUUCUUCAUGUUUUGUUGGGCAUAUUGGCAAACAAUUUUCACAGAUAUAGCUACAGUGCCUAAUAAAUAUUCAGUUCCUGAUCAUGUUUUUGAAGCUUAUAUGAAUAACGCUGAUAACUUUGAAACACAAAACAGCAUGUUAGAAAAUUUAGCUAAACGUUUACCUAUUGCCAAUAUUACUUUAAGUGGAGGAGUACGUUUUUGUGAGAAAUGUAGAGUUCUUAAGCCUGAUAGGGCACACCACUGUUCUGUUUGUGGUGUUUGCGUGUUAAAAAUGGAUCACCACUGUCCAUGGAUAAACAAUUGUGUGUCCUUCACAAACUACAAAUUUUUUGUAUUGUUUUUGGGAUAUGCACUUUUAUACUGUAUAUAUGUAUCCCUUACAUCACUUACUUAUUUCAUUGCCUUUUGGAAGGGUGACUUACCAGGUAUGGGACGAUUCCACAUAUUAUUUCUAUUUUUUGUCUCUGUAAUGUUCGCUAUUAGUUUACUGUCACUAUUUGGUUACCAUUGUUACUUAGUUGUUGAAAACCGAACUACACUGGAAGCGUUCCGGCCACCAAAUUUUAGAGAUGUAGGAACAGAUAAGUAUGGGUUUCAUAUAGGCAGGUACAAAAAUUUUCAAGAAGUUUUUGGAGAACAUCCUAAAAAAUGGUUUCUUCCAGUCAGUACCAGUUUGGGCGAUGGACUAACAUUUCCACAGCGACAAAUAGAUGAAGAUCAAGAAUCACUUUUACAUCGGAACUAUGAAGAUGACGUUGAAUCUGUUUGACGUCCAUGAAUUAAAUAAAACGCUGUAUUCUAUCUGUAAUUUAAUUGAGGAGAUAUUUUGGUAUUUUUGUUAUGAAAUAUUUAUAAGAUAGAUGAUAUAUUGUUUUAUUUAUAAGGUCGAGUUGAGAUAGGUUAAUAUUAAAUGCUGUUCGUUGUAAAUCGUUGAGGCCACGGGAAAAAAUGAAAUUGGCAACGUAACACGUUUAUCUCAGAUUUAACAUGUAGUUUGAAUCCUUCACUUAUUCUACGGAAGUGGGGAACUGUCAUAAUAGAGGUCCAAAUUGUUUACCGUACUGUCGUUAUUAUUUAACCUAUCUUAUGCUCUAAAACCUAGUCCACAGAGUACUUCGUUAAUCUGAUCAAUUCUCUAUGUAGAUAUAAAUUCUGAACAUGGUAUUUCUGUAAUUAAUUGACCCGUCAAGUGAAGAACUUAAAAACUAGUGCUGUGAUGGAUUUUAAAUAAAACUAUUAGUAGGAG